AUGAUUGGCAGAAUGUUGAAUUGCCUUUUACAACGUAUAUCAGUGGUAUGUGCUUACUAUAUUCUACUUUUAUUUUGAUUAACAAUAAAGCUUUUGAGUAAAGUUGUACAUUGUAAACGUUUAAUUUUUAAUUUCUGAUAGAUGUGGAUAGGCUGAUCUUUUUAUGCUUAAGUGGGGUGAGCAGAGUUUUGCCUUUUGGGUCCGGUCCGGACGGUCCGGAUUUUUGAAUUUAUUUUUCCCGCCAAACGCGUAUCUCGAAAAGUACUACAGAUAGCAAAAAACAAACAGCAUCUAGAAGGGUUAGCACCCUUCCAAAUAGAUAGUAGAAAAAGUUUCAGACCAAUCCGACCGGUAGAAAAAAAGCGCGAGAAAAAUAAAUUUAAAAAUCCGGACCGUCGGGUCUGAACAGGACCCAAAAAGCAAAAUUCUGGAUAAAAGGACAAGCUGAAGUAUGGAAUAAGUAUGUCAUUACAGGAAGACAAUGAUGGUACUAGGCUAGAUAGGGUUGGUAGGGCAGGAUAAAGUAGGAUAGAGGGUAGGGUAGGGUAGGUUAGGGUAGGGUAGGGUAGGGUAGGGUAUCGUAGGGUAGGGUAGGGUAGGGUAUCGUAGGGUAGGGUAGGAUAGGAUAGGUUAGGGUAGGGUAGGGUAGGGUAGGGUAAGGUAAAAAAACGUUCUUUAAUAACAUUUUCUUUGUUUUUCACGUAUUUUUCGUAUUUCAUCGCGAUUACCUAAGGGCUUCCUUGGAGGUCUUUGUCGCUAAUUUGAAGUAGCGUUACAAUUAAUUAAAAAAGUAACAUAACGUUCCACUUAUGUCGGAUUUCAGUUCACCAUGAAUACCUCAACAAUAUUACGGUUAAUGGUUACCGUAGGUGUGAUAACGAUAGUGAAUGCUCAAUGUAAGUUUUGUAAAGAAAGUUCUUGCCAUUUUUUGUUUUUGUAAAGAAAGUUCUUGCCAUUUUUUGUUUUGUAAAGAAAGUUCUUGCCAUUUUUUACUUUGUAAAAAAAGUUCUUGCUUUAGACUCUCGAGAAUCUCGACUAAAGAAGUACGGUAAACUAGAGAAGCCUCAGAAACCUGAAAGCCUACGAACAGACACUACCCUGCCCAACCUCUCCGCCCCAACCAACAUCAUCUCCAUGGACAACCACACCUUCAUCCAGGACUUUUCCACCUCCACCUACUACAUUCGACAGGGUGACAAGUUAUACGAUGGACCCGAGGCUUCAAGGCCAAGAACUUUGUUUCCACAAGGCUACGGCGGUGUAGCCGAAUUCUACGCAUUUUAUGUGCCACGAUUUAGUCGGACCUACUAUAUUAACUAUGUCAGUGGGGCGAGGGGCUCUGUAGCUGGGUACCAUGUGUUUGAUGACGUUUUGGAGCCAUUUCAGCCUGUUUCAAUGGUCCAGAAAAUGCUGGAAAUGAUGCGGGACACGCCUUUUUUUAACUAA